AUGUGUAGGAGUCAUUUUGACAAAACAGUCCAACGGGACACAAACGGACGUUUUAUUAUCCGUUUGCCGUUUAAAAAUACAAAUAACGCGUCCGCAUUAGGAAAAUCGUAUCAGAUCGCAAGGCGUCGAUGGGCGGCGACCGAGAAUAGACUCCGAAAUAAUAUACCUCUAUGCGAAGCAUACACGCAAUUUAUGCACGAAUAUGAAGCACUAGGCCAUAUGGAACGGGUAAUUGAAGAAGAGGGCGAGGGAGAGGAAAAGGGUUGCUAUUUGCCACAUCACGCGGUAAUAAAUGAAAAUAGUACAACGACCAAGGUGAGGGUGGUGUUUGACGCGUCCUGUAAGACAGAGUCUGGCAACAGCUUGAACGAUUUAUUAUUAAAAGGACCAGUUUUGCAGGACGAACUAUUAUACAUACUAGCGCGUUUCCGUACCUAUAAUUACGUAUUAUCAGCUGACAUUACAAAAAUGUACCUACAAAUUAAGGUAGCUAACGAAGAUUGUAACUAUCAGCGGAUAUUGUGGCGAGCCGAUCCAAAAAUUCAAAUACAAGUUUAUCGUCUUACCACAUUAACUUACGGUACGGUACCGGCAGCUUUCAUAGCAACAGCUUGUUUAGAAAAAUUAGCUGAUACGGGAAAUGAUUACCUACGUGCACGUGAAUCCAUAAAAAGGGAUUUUUAUAUGGAUGACUAUUUGAGUGGCGCGUCAACAAAAGAAGAAGCUAUAAGAUUAAAACAUGAAGUACUGUCAAUAUUAGGGCAAGCGGGUUUCGAGCUACGGAAGUGGUCGUCCAAUGACCCUAGUAUUAUAAAUAGUAAUGUCGGUCGUGAAAAAGGUGCGGGUAACGACGUGCGAGUUUUCGAUUGUGCGAUAACAAAAAUACUAGACCUAUUCUGGGAACCGAGCGACGACGUAUUAAGGUAUAAAGUAAGCGAAUACGUUAAAAAUAUGGAAAUUAUUAACAAACGAAAAAUAUUGUACGAAAUAGCUACAAUAUUCGACCCCCUCGGUUUAUUAGGUCCAGUGGUAAUAGUAGCUAAAUUAUUUAUGCAAAAUUUAUGGCAGUUACGUGUAAACUGGGACGAACAAUUACCGAAAGACGUAUCAGACGAAUGGCUACAAUACAAAAAAUGUUUACCGCGACUAAAUAAACUAGUAAUUCCGCGUAUGAUUAUUAGUAAACAUAAAAUUAUAAAUAUCCAAAUUCAUGGAUUUGCGGAUGCAUCGACAAAAGCGUAUGGCGCAUGUUUGUAUUUACGCGGUACGGAUGAAGUAGGUACACACACAGUGAGACUUAUAUGCGCCAAAUCUAAGGUCGCACCGUUAAAAACGAUAUCAUUACCGAGACUAGAACUAUGUGCUGCGUUACUAUUGCAGCAUCGUGUGAUUCCAAAAUUACGACUAGACAUAGAGAGAAAAUAUUUUUGGUCGGAUUCUACUAUUACUCUUGCUUGGAUCUCGUCACCGUCCACCAGGUGGAAAACAUUUGUUGCCCACGGGGUUGGAGAGAUUCAAGAUUUAUCCUGCACUAGUGAGUGGUCACACGUUAGUAGUUAG